CUCGAACUGCAUCUUCAACAAAAUCACAUCUUACCUGACCUUUCAUUUGGAUUUCGGAAAGGAACCUCAACAAUGAGCUGUCUCGAGUACGUGGUUAACAGAAUCCAGGCUGGAAAGCGGAAAGGACUGAUCGUCGGCACCAUCUUCGUCGACCUAUCGAACGCUUUCAACGCGGUGAAGCCGGAAACUCUGGAAGCUGUCCUACAAUCGUAUGCGGUUCCUCCAGAACUCAGCAGCUGGAUAAUGGCCUUUCUAACCAACAGAAGAAUAGAGCUUCAAGUAGGCGACCAAAAAGCAGUGAGGUAUGUGCACCAGGGACUUCCACAGGGUGAUGUACUUUCACCUACAUUAUUCAAUGUGUACACGGCGAAAUUACAUGAAAUUCAGGUCGAGGGCGUUAUAUUGGUCCAAUACGCAGAUGACUUCUCCAUCAUAGUUAUGGGAAGAUCAAUCGAAGAGCUGAACGAAAGAGGAAAUGCGUACAUGGAACGAUUUGCACAGUUGGCAGAAUCUCUGAAUUUCACUAUAAAUGCACAGAAAACUAAAGCAGUAUUGUUCCUGAAUAGUCCACGGGAAAUGAAGAUAGCGGUUAACGACGAAGACAUUGAAUCAGUCAGAUGGCACAGAUAUCUAGGGGUUCUGAUCGACAAAUCGUUGCGUUUUGGCUCCCAUAUUCGGGAAUUGACGCAAAAGAUGGCGGAUCGCUUGAAUAUGUUAAAGGUGAUCAGUGGCACAAAAUAUGGAGCACAUCCGGGAACACUGAAUGUGGCGUACAAUGCUCUAAUCAGAAGUUUCAUAGAGUAUGGAACAAGCGUUUAUAGCUCUGCCUGUAAUACGAAUCUUAAAAAACUAGAUACUAUCAACAACCAGUGCCUGAGAAGAGUGACAGGAUGCACGAAAACUACGCCCAGAAACACACUGCAAGCUAUAGCUGCGCAAUCGCCGCUGCAGUUUAGGCGAAUGAAAAUGAUAGGGAGACAAGUUGUUAAACACUGUUAUUCGAAAUCACCGGUUUGGGAUCAAAUGUGCCAAGAUACCCUCGUAGAGGAAUUCUGCGAGAACCAACGGUAUACAGCAAUGGAAAAAUCAGCAUUUCUCCACCAUGACAUUCUUGAACAGUUGUCGACGAUGGUUAAGGAACCUUACAGGUGGGGCGACGUGCAAAUCUGCACCACCUUAAAAGAAGGAACGUGGGUCAAGAAGGAAACCUGCACGAAAGUUCUGAAGCAGUUAUCUCUAUCUUUAAUCCAUGGAAAAUAUAGUGGUCGGCAGCUGAUAUUCACGGAUGCAUCUUCGGACGGCGUGACAUGCGGGAUUGGCGUGUACCACGAGGCUAGGAACUUCAGGUUGAGUCUAAGAUUGGCGAACACCGUCUGCAUAAUGUCUGCUGAAUUAGAAGCGAUCUACGUGGCCCUACAAUACAUACGCACACAAAAUCUUCAAAACGCGGUUAUUAUGACCGACUCCAAAUCUGGAUGUGAAUACAUCAGGCGGAACAAACGUUCAUAUGAAAGAGAUGAAGUGAUAGAUAAUAUCCUGAGGAUGGCCACGGAGUACAACACGUCGAUUCAGUGGAUCCCAGGACACACUGGACUAAACGGAAAUGAAGUAGCUGAUCAACUAGCCAAGGCGGGACUCGAACAGGAAACAGUUUGCAGCAAUAAGAUCCUUCUACACGAUGCCAUCAACCACAUCCACACCAUCAGCGAACAAAGCUCCCAACAAUGGUACCUACAGUACGCAGCCGAGCUUGGCAAGGGCAGGAAAUACUUCCAAAUACAAAACACAAUACCCGCGAAACCCUGGCACCAUAAGUUACAACUAAACAACACCGAGCUUGUGAGAAAAAAAGUCUAUCAGACUAUAAACAAAACAUCGCUGGCGAUAUAGCAUAUAAGCUGCUGCCAUCCCCCGGUCUCUGUCAGCAACAGCCAGGACCAACAGAACCAAGAAGAAGAAGAAGACCUCUUAUGAUCACAAAACACUUCAAACUCGCAUUAAUACUAAUGUACGGUAAGAGGAGCAUGCGAUUAUUUGAAUUGGGGACUACGAAGGUGAUGAUUUUGUUUGCGGUUUUCUGUGAGAAAGUGAAGGAGGGAAGAUUUUUUGCUUUUUUUUCACUCAUACUCCCAUAAGAAACCCCGUAGGAAGAAAGAGUGUUUCCCGGCUCAUCAACCUUCGUAGUCCCCAAUAAAGCAACCCAACAAACACGCAUUGUGAAUGUGAUUUCGUGUGUGGCUCACAACAUCAAACAAAAGGUGCGUUUGUUGAUUGCACGCUCGUUUCAAUUUGCACGAAUAUGAGUAUAAGGCAGUUAGAUGUUGGCUACGAUAAAUUUCAUUCAUGCCAGGGGCCUGCAAACG